CUUAGCAGGGCGGAGGAUAACUUGCAGCGGGCGCCCGCUUGGAGAAGCCGCCGCGCUUGGCGCAAAGAAGGCAGACCGGCCGCUGCUUGGCGCCCGCUCUUCGCUGCUCAGCCCGGACUUGCCUCUCCGUCCGCAGCGGCAGCACCAGCCCACCUUCUCUGCCCGAUCCCUCCGGGAGAUCUGCUCCCGGGCCUCCUUCCUUUUUCCCUUCGCUUCUCUUUGCCGCCGCCACCGCCGAUCUCCCUUGCCCGGAGCCGGAAAAGAAAGCCGGGGGAGCGGGUCGUCUUUGCUUUCUGAUGGUGCCCAGGAAAAACCCCGCCGCGAGUUUGCAGCCGAGGAAAAACCCCGCGGGCUUCUCGUGUUUGAUCAAGCCACCUUUUCUUUGCUAUGGAUUGCCCGGCAGCGCCGCUGCGGCUUCUUUUCGCCUUGGCUCUCUUCGCCGUCCUGCCCCGUGAGGCUGAAGGUCUAUGUUUCUACCAAGGCUUAUCAAUUGAGAACAACACUGUUUGGAAGCCGGACUCGUGCCAAGAGUGUGGUUGCCAUAGCGACGUUGUCCUGUGUGAAGCGGUUGCGUGCAGAAACCCUCGCUGCAACAUUCAGAAGGAGGAAUCACUUCAAAUAUCACCCAACGCUUGCUGCCCUGAGUGUGCUAAACAAACUGAAGGGUUUUGUGAGUACGAAGGACAACUCAGGGAACAUGACACCGAGUGGGCCAGCUCGGGAUGCAGGACUUGCUCUUGUGCCAGUGGAAGGGUUACUUGUGUUCCCAAACCCUGCUCUGGUCUUUCUUGCAAGGACAAUGAAGUGGAACAUAUUGGUCCAGGAGAAUGCUGUCCCAAGUGUGUAAGCAGAAAAGACUCUUGUUCUUUUGAUGGCGAAAUAAUCCCAAACGAGAAGGAAUGGCGGGUGAGCCCAUGUGCCAAAUGCCUCUGUCGGAACGGCUCUCUCCAGUGUUUCACCGUUUUUUGUCCACCUGCCUUCUGUAAUGUGGAUGAAAGUCUAGUCCUACCAGCUGGAAAAUGUUGUCCAGAAUGCGCUCAAAAAUCCUGCUUUGCAUUUGGGACAUCGUACCAGCACGGUGAAGAGUGGAAGAAAGAUGCCUGCACCACUUGUGUAUGUGACCGAGGAGAAUCCAGAUGUUUUACAAAGACCUGCCCCACGCUGAAUUGUCAGAAGGAGGAGAGCAAAGUGCGCCGCCCUGGGAAAUGUUGUGAAGAGUGUGUCCUUUCCAAGGGCAGUUGUGUGCACAACGGCACCCUCAAAUACCACAAUGAGCUGUGGAAUGAUACGGACUGCAGCUUCUGUAGCUGUGAUGGAGGCCAGGUGGCUUGUCGGAAAGCAACGUGUGCAAAAGUGGACUGUGCAAAGGGCGAAGAAUUAUUUCAUUUACAAGGCAAGUGCUGCCCUGAAUGCAUCUCAAGAGGGGGUUCCUGUGUUUACAGAGAAGAUACCAAAGAUAGUGGUGAAAAAUGGAAAGAAGGCCUGUGCCGUGAAUGCGAGUGUUUGGACUCUAAAGUAAUCUGCUAUUCUCGGUCUUGUCCAACUUGUGCCCCAGGAAGUGUGCCUGUUGCCGUACAAGGAGAGUGUUGCCCUCAAUGCAAGCCAGGUCACUGCCAUCCUGAUUGCUUGACCUGCAACCAGGCAUUUGAUCACUGUGAUGCCUGCCGAGAUGCCACCAAGUUUCUACUGAAGGGGCGUUGCGUUGACAGCUGUGGGGCCGGCUUCUAUCCAGAUGCUGGCCUUUGCGUAGCUUGUAAAGAGAUGUGCUCGACUUGUACUAAUAAAUUUGGAUGUACUUCAUGCCAAGCUUUGCUGCAUUUGAAGGAUGCCCAAUGCGUGACGUCAUGCGGGAAAGGGUUUUUCCCGGGUCCUCUCCAGUGCACAGCUUGCCACGGAUCCUGUGCUACGUGCCGGGGUCCCACGGCAAACAACUGUUCCACCUGCCGAGACCCGUCUCUUGUGUUCCUGGAAGGCACGUGCGUGGCUAAUUGCGGACAGCGGUUCUACGUUAUGGAUGGAGUUUGCAGAGCUUGCCAUGAAGGUUGUGAAAUAUGUUAUCCGGACCGGCUGAGAUGUUUGUCCUGUGCUUCAGACCGUGUUCUGCUUGAUGGCAACUGCAUGUCAGAAUGUUCCCCUGGCUACUACGCGAAUGGCUCUCACAAAUGCAGAGUUUGCCACAGUUCGUGCACCAGCUGCACUGGACCUUUGUCCACUCAGUGUACCUCCUGCUCCUUUCCCUGGGCCUUCUACCAGGGCCAGUGUCUCCUCGCUUGCGGAGAGGGCUUUUAUCAGCACCACAACCUCUGUAAAGGUUGCCAUUCAUCCUGCAGGGCCUGUGUUGGCCCAGAACAUUCACACUGUACACAAUGCAUGAACCCUGAGGAGAACCUUCAACCAGACACCAGCCUUGAGAAGAGGCCCAUUGGCAUCUGUUUACCUCAGUGCAGAGCCCAGUUCUACAGCAAUGAAGGCAGGAUUUGCAAAGCGUGCCACUCUUCCUGCCUUUCUUGCACGGGGGGAUCUCCCGAGAACUGCACGGCUUGUGCCUCCCCUCAAGUCUUCCACGAAGGCCAGUGCGUCUCUGAGUGUCCUGAGGGAUGGUAUCAUCGAGAACGCCACUGCUAUGCCUGCCAUCCCUCUUGUAAGACGUGUAGCGGGCCUGGUGAUGGUGAAUGCACAGCUUGUCAUCCCCACGUCUCUUUCCUCAAUGGAAGAUGCAGAACUCCCUGCAAGAGAGAGCAAUACCUCAAUCUGGUGGGACACUGUGCGGAUUGCCAUCCGCUUUGUGAGUUGUGCGUGGCAGAUCUCCACACAGACAGAGGAAGCAUCUGUCUGAGGUGCCGUGAUCCCCCUCACCUGCUUCUGAAGGACCACUGCGUGCCAGACUGCCCCGUGGGAUUUUACCGACUUGGAGGAGCGUGUCAGAAGUGUCAUCCUUCCUGUAAAACCUGCACAGGAGAAGGCCCUUUCUCCUGCACUUCCUGUGACCUCAGCCUCGUCCUUUCUCACGCUGGCUCAUGCCUCUCGGCCUGUUCCCUGGGAUUCUUUCAGGAUGAGAACCUUCAUUGCAAGCCUUGCAGUGACCCGUGUCUAAGCUGUGAUUCAAGAUCCCACUGUACUUCUUGCAAAGACCCAUCUAAAGUCUUACUAUUUGGAGAGUGCCAAUAUGACAAAUGUCCAUCACAAUAUUUCCUCGAUUUGUCUACCAGGAUGUGCAGAGAGUGCGACUGGAGCUGUAACGUUUGCCACGGUCCCAACCGCACGGAUUGCCUGCAGUGCAUGGAGGGAUAUUUCCUCCAGCAAGGAGCUUGCGUUGAGCAUUGUCUGCCGGGAUUUUACAGGGAAUCGGAAACGUGUCAAAAAUGUGAUGAUGACCGCUGCCUCCAGUGUGAUGGUCCUGGGAAAUGCGUGCGCUGCCAAGCUCCGUUCCUGCUCCUGGAAUCCCGUUGUGUCUUGUCUUGUGGAAAGCAGUUCUACGGAGACGGUGGAGGGCAGAUAUGCCUAGCUUGCCCCCAGGGAUGCUUGGAGUGUGAUGGUUCCACCAGCUGCCGCGUCUGUAAUUCCAGUACGUUCCUUCAGAAAGGCCUUUGUGUCGCUGACUGUGGGCGUGGCUUCUACAACGACCCCCAAAAUCGGCAGUGCAAAUCUUCUGGGCCUGCUCCUGGGUUCAAGGCCAAGAGCCUCCUCUUGGUUGGAAUCGGAGGGCUGAAAGUUCUAGAUGGUUCCUUGGUGGAAGUAGAAAACGUAGAGAACUAUGGAGAAGCACUCCUCUUUCGCGUGGCGGCCCCUCCCACCAACGGCAGGCUGGUGGUCCUGGCUGAAGGGAAAGAAAGGGAACAGGACCGUUUCACCUGGGAAGACGUGAAGGAACAGCGUGUUUUCUUUGCCCACGACAAAACAAAAUCCAGGAAUGGCUCAUUUUUCCUGACACUCAGCUAUCAACAGUCUACAUCUGAGCCAGUAAUGUUCAGUGUUCAAGCUCUUUCAACUCAGCCUCCUUAUGUCCUCAAGAAUGAAGUCCUGUUUGUUAGCAAAAGAGAUGCUGGAACCAUCACCAACCUCUUGCUUGAUAUCCAGGAUAGGGAUAAUCCUCAAGAUGUGACGGUGACUAUUUUAGACCCUCCAAAACAUGGGCAAUUAGUCAAACUUCCAGGAAAUGGCCCAUUGACUCUGCAUGUCUUCAGCCUGGAUGAACUUUCGGGAGGAUUCAUGCAUUACAUUCACGAUGGAUCUAACAGUUUGGAAGACGCCGUGGUUCUGCAAGUGAGCGAUGGAUACCACGUUCAGAAUUUACUCUUUCGCAUCAAGAUUGAUCCCAAGUCUUCUUUUCAGAGCAGUGGGAUUCCCCGCCUGAUUAUCAGCUCUACCGUCUGGGUCCCAGAGGGAGGCAUGUUGCAAAUCACAAAGAAAAAUCUGCAAGCUGAGAUGCUGGGGGCCAGUGAUUCUGCGAUCGUCUAUACAAUUAGGGACAAGCCACAAUAUGGUGAAGUGGUGUUUCUGGUUCCUAUGCCCGCCGAUGAUUCUGGAUUAGGAUGGCAGUCUUCACCCAGUGGAGGUAAAACCACCCCAGCUACCACGUUUACCCAACAGGACAUCAACGAAGGCGUGAUUUGGUAUAGACACUCUGGAGCUGAGACGGAGAGCGACUCAUUCCGCUUCCAGGUCUCUGGUGCAGGUUUUCCACAGACCCAUCUUGAGACCCACUUGUUCAACAUUGCCAUUUUACCACCUAGCCUGGCGUCAUCUGGGUCCUCCUCCAAAUUUUCUUUUCAUAUGACGGCACUGGAAGAUCGUGUGACACCUAUUCGACCGCAUCACCUCCCUUUUGUCAACUCGCAAACUCCAAGUGAUGAAAUCACGUACAAUGUGACUGUACCCUUGCCUCCAAAUCAAGGUAUGGUGGAGCACAGGGACAAACCAUCCAUCCCAGUAAACUCUUUUACCCAAACUGACAUCAACAAUGGCAAAAUUGUCUACCGUCCACCUAGUGCUGGAUCACACAUUAGGGAGCUGAUGGAAUUCUCCUUUGCUGGUCUUCCAGAAUCGAUUAACUUUCAUUUUACAGUGUCCGAUGGAGAACAUAUAAGUCCUGAGAUGGUGUUUACCAUCCACUUGCUUUCCACUGAUGAAGAGCCUCCAUUGUUCCAGAUUACUGCUCCGGUGCUUGAGGUCAGCCAAGGAGGCAGAGCUGCUAUUGGAAUCAAGCUGACGUUGAGUGAUGCGCCCGUUGCCGCUGAGGAUCUCUUCUUUGAAGUGGUGCAACCUCCUCACCAUGGAGUUCUACUCAAACACAGCUCCGGAUUCCCAGUCCACAUGACCACCGGCGACAGUUUCACCUAUGAGGAAGUCACCAGGAACUACUUGCAUUAUCUCCAUGAUGGCUCAUCCUCAGAAGAAGACAGCGUGGAAAUUUCAGUGACCGAUGGCACCACCAAAGACCUCAUUUUGCUCAAGGUGGAAGUAACCCCAGUCAACAUCGAUGGGCCAAGGCUGGAUCCGAGCUGCUCGCUGAGUAUCACUGUGGCUAGCAAAAGCUCUGCAAUCAUCACUCGAUCCCACUUUGCUUAUAUUGAUAACAAUUCCCUGGAUUCUGAGAUAAGGAUUCAGCUAAUUUCUCUUCCUAUGUAUGGCAGUCUUAUGUGGACAAUCUUUGGACAGCAUUUGGAUGAGUCUCCGGAGGUCUAUAAUUUCACAAUGGAAGACAUUAACCAUCAAAGAAUCAGAUAUUUCACCGAGCUUGAAACUGGGGUCAAUCAGCCAAUCACAGAUGUCUUCUACUUCUCUGUGUUUGAUGCUGACAACAAUCAGCUUGAUAGCCAGAUGUUCGCCAUUACUAUCACAGCAGUCCAAAGUGUGCCUCCAGUUGUUACCUUUUCUGACCAAAUAACGGUAGAAGAAGGGGGACGAACACCACUUCAGCCUCACCACUCCCUGGGUCUUGCUGAAGAAGGCCUGGUGGUCAAAAUCACAAGUCUUCCAAAAUAUGGGUACAUUGAAAACACCAGGACAGGCAGACGCCUCGGUUUUGGAAACACAGAAAGUUCUGAUUUUUCUUUCUCACUUCAAGAUGUGUUGGAGAACCGUAUUUAUUAUUUUCAGAACGUCCAUGAAAGUAUUGAACCAUCAAUGGACACCUUUAGUUUUUAUAUCAGUGAUGGCUUCAGCCAGUCAGAAAUCAGCAGCGUCAACAUUACUAUUAAGCGCCUGAAUGAUGAACCACCUCAGGUACAAGUGACCCCUAUUAGUGUGCGUGAAAAGACAGGAGUAGUGAUUCGAAAUUCCUCCUUGAGGCUAAGGGACUUGGACACUCCUAAUGACCUUCUGGUUUUCAUGGUAACCAAGGCACCCGUUCAUGGGUAUCUAUACAGAAGAGAAUCUCCCCUGCAUUCUCUGGAGAAUGGACAAGCUCUCUCUGAGGGAUCCACUUUCACCUACCAGGAUGUUCUGGAUGAAUUGAUCAUUUACAAAUUGAACAGUUUGGUAGCCCAAAGUGAUGAGUUCCAAUUUUCACUCUCCGACGGCCUCCACGUUGAGACAGGGAAAGUGGAGUUUGCUGUAACUUCACCAAGGAUGGACCUUCCCAGAUUAGUCGUGAACAGAGGCCUACAACUCUCUGCUGGGUCUGUGGCAGUCAUCACAACCCAGCAUUUAAGAGCCAUAGAUCCUGAUUCAGAUGACCUGUCUAUCAAAUAUAUCAUGAAGAAGGACCCAACCUGUGGAUUGUUGCACCUGCAUAAAAGAGAUUCUUUGAUCCAGAUCUCCACUCAGGGACCAGCUAAAAGCUUUACCCAGGCAGAAAUAAACAAAGGACAAGUAGAAUACAGCCAUGAGAAAGGAGAAGCAGUUGGGACCUUUAUUUUUGUUUUUGAUGUGGCAGAUGGAGAGGGAAACAAAAUGACAGACCUGGCAUUCUCAAUUAACGUAACAGGGGAUCGAGUGCCUAUGUCCAUCACUGUCAACGCUGGGCUAACCCUGGACGAAAACUCUGUGAAAAUAAUCACCCCUUUGGAGUUGUCGGCCAAGAAGCAGGGUGAAGAAUCCAGCAAUCUUCUCUACAGGAUUAUUAAACAGCCCCAGCUGGGACAUUUGGAGCACACGGCAUUACCAGGCAGAAGGAUUAGUUCCUUCCAACAAGCAGACCUUAUCUCCCACAGCAUCCACUACAUCCAUACAAGCGAGGCUGAAGAACAUGCUGACAUGUUCACUUUCACCAUUUCAGAUGGCCAUCAGGAGAUGACCCAGAAUUUUGAAAUCACCAUUAAUCCGGUUGAUGAUUCUUUGCCUGUGGUGCAGAUUGUUGGCCUGACUGUGCAGGAAGGAGUAAGGAAGACCAUCACAGAAUUUGAUCUCAAAGCCACCGAUGCGGACACAGAGGCCAAGUCUGUUACCUUCAGCAUUGUGCAGCCCCCGCGCCACGGCCAGCUUGAGCGCACCGUUGACAGCCAUUAUUACCAACAGGCCCAUGCCUUCUCCAUGGAGGAUGUCUUCCAGAACCGGAUCAGUUACAGUCACGACGGGAGCAACUUUUUAGAAGACCGCUUCACUUUUACAGUGUCCGAUGGAACCAAUCCCUUUUUUGUGGUGGCAAAGGAUGGGAAAGAGGUUGUGACUGCCGUGCCCCAGUGGUUUAGAGUAGAAGUUCUCCCUGUGGAUGAUGGGCUUCCAAGAAUUGUCACUAAUUUGGGUCUCCAGUGGUUGGAAUAUGUGAAUGGCAAGCCAAAAAACCUCAUCACUAAGAAGGAGCUGUUGACUAUGGACCCCGACACAGAAGACGACCACCUGAUCUAUGAAAUAACAACGGGACCCAAAUAUGGUUACGUGGAGAAGAAACUGCAGCCGGGAAGGAGGGUGACUACCUUUACACAAGAGGACGUGAAUUUGGGAUUGAUCCAAUACGUGCUACAUGAAGAGAAUAUUCAAAGGACAGAAGAUAGUUUUCAGUUUCUGGUGAAGGACAGCAAACCGAGCAUUGUCACUGAUAAUAUCUUCCAUAUUCAAUGGUCCCUUAUCAGCUUUCAACAUAUGAGCUACAACAUCAGUGAAAAAGCCGGUUCCAUCAGUGUGGCUGUGAAGAGGGCAGGAAACCUCAAACAAUACGCUAUUGUCCUGUGCCGUACCGAACAGGGAACGGCCACCUCCGAUUCAAGUUCUCAGCCAGGGGAACAGGACUACCUUGAAUAUGCUAGCCAGGUGCAGUUUGAUGAAUGGGAAGACUUCAAAACCUGCACCAUUGUUAUCAAUGAUGAUGAUGUCUUUGAGGGGAUAGAAAGCUUCACCGUUGAGCUGAGUAUGCCAGCCUAUGCCUUGCUGGGGGACAUGACUGAAAUCCAAGUCUUCAUUAACGAUGCAGAAGAUGAGCCCACCCUGCAGUUUGACAAAAAGGUCUACCACACCAGUGAGAGUGCUGGCAUCCUCUCUGUCCCCAUUGAAAGGAAAGGAGAUUCUAGCAGCAUCGUCUCUGCCAUAUGCUACACCGUCUCCCAAACUGCCAAAGGCAGCAGCACAUACGCCCUGGAGUCUGGCUCAGACUUUAAGUCCCGGGGAAUGUCCAAUGAGUACCGGGUCAUCUUGGGGCCUGGUGUCACAAUGACAACUUGCGAUGUGAAGCUGGUUGAUGACAGCGAAUACGAAGAGGAGGAAGAAUUUGCCGUUGCUCUCACCGAUGCAUCCGAGAAUGCUCGCCUCGGAAGCAUCGCUUCGGCUAAAGUUCUGAUCAGCGGUCCCAAUGAUGCUUCUACUGUAUCGCUCGGAAGUGCAACUUUUAGCAUUAGCGAGGAUGCAGGGAUUAUUGAAAUCCCAAUUACGAGGCACGGGUCUGAUCUCUCCACUCCUACCUCUGUCUGGUGCGCCACUCGGACAUCAGAUCCACCAUCUGCUACUCCAGGAUUUGAUUACAUUCCCAGCUCCAAGAAGGUUGAAUUUCGUCCAGGGAGAACUGAGGAGUAUUGCACCUUGACUAUUCUGGAUGAUGCCCAGUCCCCAGUGAUUGAAGGGGUGGAGACCUUUGUGGUCUAUUUGAGUUCCCCUCAAGGAGCAGAGCUGGCCAAACCUUUUCAAGCGGUGGUGGCCAUUAAUGACACCUUCCAGGAUGUACCAAACAUGAAGUUCAGUAAAGAUACCUACUCUGUGAAAGAGAAGGACCGUGUCCUACAGGUUCCUGUUAUCCGUUCUGGAGACUUAAACUACGAAUCUUCAGUCAGGUGCCAUACACAGAGUCAGACCGCGAGAGUCAUGGAGGAUUUUGAGGAAAGGAGAAACACUGAAGAAUCGCGCAUCACAUUUUUGAAAGGGGAGAAGAUAAAGAACUGCACUAUCAUUAUUAAGGAUGACUCUGCCUUUGAACCGGAGGAGAGAUUCCGGAUAUAUCUGAGUGAACCCCAAGGAAAUCACUGGAGUGGGGCUACUGUUGGGAAAAGUAACGUGGCUUCUGUAGUUAUUUCCAAUGAAGAAGAUGCUCCUACCAUUGAGUUUGAAGAAGCUGGGUACCAGGUCCGUGAACCCCCUGGACCAGAAGGCGUUGGUUUCUUAAACGUCAAGGUGAUCCGGACGGGAGAUCAAAACCGGACCUCAAAAGUCCGCUGCAGCACCCGGGACGGUUCAGCUCAGUCUGGAAUUGAUUAUUACCCAAAGAGUCGAGUCCUCAAGUUUAACCCUGGUGUGGAUCACAUUUUCUUUAAGGUGGAGAUCAUGUCCAAUGAAGACCGGGAGUGGCACGAAUCUUUUUCUCUGGUCUUGGGUCCAGAUGAUCCCACUGAAGCUGUUUUGGGGGACCUCACCACCACCAUUGUGACCAUUUUGGAUCAAGAAGCAGCUGGUAGCCUCAUUUUACCAGCUCCUCCUAUAGUGGUGACGCUCUCAGAGUACGAUCACGUUGAAGAAGACACCAAAACAGGAGCUAAGAAGUCGCCAUCUCCGGGUUACCCCUUGAUCUGUGUUACCCCUUGCGAUUCUCACUUCCCCAAGUACAUGGUGAUGAAGGAGCGCUGCAGUGAGGCUGGGAUCAACCAGUCCUCCAUUCAGUUCAGCUGGGAAGUGGCUACCCCCACGGAUGGCAACGGAGCCAGAUCCCCUUUCGAAACAAUUACGGACAAUACCCCCUUCACCAGCAUCAAUCAUAUGGUUUUGGACAGCAUUUACUUCAGCCGGCGAUUCCACAUACGCUGCGUGACCAAAGCCGUGGAUAAAGUGGGCCACGUGGGCACUCCCCUACGGAGUAACAUAGUCACCAUUGGGACCGACAGUGCCAUCUGCCAUACCCCUGUGGUGGCUGGCACAGCCCGGGGUUUCCAGGCUCAGUCUUUCAUUGCCACUUUGAAGUAUCUAGAUGUAAAGCAUAAGGAACACCCUAACAGAAUCCACAUCUCAGUGCAAAUUCCACACCAGGAUGGGAUGCUCCCCCUGAUUUCAACCAGACCUCUUCACAACUUGCAUUUCCUAUUGUCAGAAUCCAUUUAUAGGCACCAACAUGUCUGUUCCAAUAUAGUCAGCAUCCAAGAUCUUAAAGGCAUCUCAGAAGCUGGAUUUCUAGAUGAAGUGACCUAUAAUAAUAUCGUUCUGGGCCCUGGAUAUGACCGGCCGUACCAGUUUGAUCCCAACGUGAGAGAACCAAAGACCAUCCAAUUUUACAAACAUUUGAACCUGAAGAGCUGCAUUUGGACUUUUGACGCAUACUAUGACAUGACAGAGUUAAUAGAUGUCUGUGGGGGAUCAGUCACAGCGGACUUCCAGGUUCGCGAUUCAGCUCAGUCGUUCCUGACAGUUCACGUCCCACUUUACGUCUCCUAUGUUUACGUAACUGCACCCAGAGGCUGGGCCUCUCUCGAGCAUCACACAGAGAUGGAGUUCUCCUUCUUCUACGACACCAUUCUCUGGAGAACAGGUAUACAGACAGACAGCGUCCUUUCGGCCAAACUGCAGAUAAUCAGGAUCUACAUCCGAGAUGAUGGUCGACUGGUCAUUGAGUUCAAAACUCAUGCCAAGUUCAGAGGGCAUUUUGUGAUGGAGCACCACACUCUGCCAAACGCCAAGUCUUUUAUCAUGACUCCUGACCACCUGGGAGGGAUGGAAUUUGACCUACAGCUCUUGUGGAGUGGACAGACUUUUGACUCUCCUUAUCAACUCUGGAGAGCAACCAGCUCCUACAGCAGGAAAGAUUAUUCUGGAGAAUACACCAUCUCCUUAAUACCCUGCACAGUCCAGCCCACCCAGUCUUGGGUUGACCCAGGAGAUAAGCCAUUACCCUGCACAGCUCAUGCUCCAGAAAAAUUUUUGAUCCCAAUUGCCUUUCAGCAGACUAACCGGCCGGUUCCCGUCGUGUACUCCCUGAACACGGAGUUUCAGCUCUGCAAUAAUGAAAAAGUGUUUCUCAUGGAUCCGACUAAGACUGAGAUGUCGAUGGCCGAGAUGGACUACAAGGGUGCUUUUUCCAAAGGUCAAAUCCUCUACGGCCGAGUGAUGUGGAACCCCGAGCAAAACCUCAAUUCUGCCUACAAAUUGCAGCUGGAGAAAGUCUACCUCUGCACAGGGAAGGAUGGCUACGUCCCGUUCUUCGACCCAACUGGCACAAUAUACAACGAAGGACCCCAGUAUGGCUGCAUCCAGCCUAGCAAGCACCUGAAGCACAGAUUCCUGCUGCUGGACCGGAGUCAACCGGAAGUGACUGACAAAUACUUCCACGAUGUCCCUUUUGAUGCCUAUUUUGCAUCUGAGUUGCCCGAUUUCCACCAGGUCAGCAGCAUGCCUGGAGUGGAUGGCUUCAUCAUGAAAGUGGACGCCCUCUAUAAGGUGGAAGCUGGGCACCAGUGGUAUCUUCAAGUGAUCUACGUCAUUGGUCCCGAGAUCAUUGGGGCGCUCCGGAUGCCACGUUCUGUGGUACAUCAUCCUCUGAAGCGCAGACGCCGAGAUCUUGUCAACCACAAGGGUGUCCCCGUUCUGGACGACUCCUUGAUCUACGACAACGAAGGAGAUCAAAUCAAGAACGGCACAAACAUGAAGUUUCUCAGCCUGGAGCAGCAGGAGGCCAUAACCGUCGCCUCUCUUUCUCAAACGGGAGCGUCCAUCGGCAGUGGCUUUGCCGCCGUCCUGCUCCUCUUCCUGGUCCUUCUGUCCAUCUGCUUCGUAACCAGGAAGUGUCGGAAGCAUCGGAAGAAGAAGCAGAAAGCGGCCAAAGAAAUUGCCGAGCAGUACCCUCUCAACCCUAAAGUUGAGGCAGCCAAGCGGUACGCCGAGACCCUGGAGAAGAACGUCAGUGGACAUUACUGCACGGUGAAGAACCUCAACCUCCUCUGCGAAAACGAAGGCCCCUACAAGGCCAGGGGAACAAAGGUCAAGCAGAUGAACUUGGAAGUGAAAGUUCAUAACAAUUUACACGAUGGGACCGAAGUCUAACGGCCUGCACCUUACGGGGAAAGGGGAGAAAUGUCUUUAUAUAUAUAUAUAUAUAAAUUGUAAACAAAAAACAAAAAAAAAAGAGGGAGAGAGGAGAAACCUAUAAUUUUUUUUUUCUUAAAAAAAUCCUCCCCCCUCCUCCAUUCUGGUAUUUUUAUAGUCGUCUUGCGAGAAAAGGGAAGAAGAAAAUCUUUGCGUUUUGUUUGCUUAAGCCAGAGGCCUCCAAGCUUGGCAAAAUUUGUAGACUUCAACGCCCGGGGCUGGCUGAGGAAUUCUAGGAGCUGAAGUCGUACCACGUUGGCCAGGUUGGAGCCCCCUGGCUUAAGCAGUGAUCACGCAAGGGUAUCUUUGCAUGCUUCCACUCUACAAAGGAGCUACCUCAAUGAAAGCAAAACCACCCAAGGAGAGGAAGGACCGAAACUCAUCUCGUGAGCCACCUUGGAGGGCCACGCCACGCCCCCCCAAUCUUGCUACGGUUCCCAGACCUGUUGGGCUGUUGAAUUCUCGUUGCAGAAGUGGUGGAAUCAGAAACAAGGAUGCCUUGCGUGAGUCUACUUCGGAGGUAGAAGAAGCACAAUAGGGAAAUGAUGUACGGGACACCAAGAUAGAUGCCUUUGUCAAGACCCUUUGUAUUAAUUUUCUUCGGUUGGAACACUUUCACACCAGCUUCUGCCAUACUGGGUGGAAGGAUGAAGAAAUGGCUUCUCUUUGAAACACAAAUGCCUUGAGGAUAACAAGAGUCUCUGUCAGACUCAUGUAAUUUCGGUGAACCCACAGAUCUAUAGAAACAACUGUUGAGAUAAUACCAAAAUGGGUUCUUCGUGUUCCUGGAGAUAUUUCACCACCAUCCUUGCUAGGUAACAUCAUUAGCGCAACCAGUAUUACUGUUGGAUACUGGCUUGGUUUACUAUUGGAUGAUAGCAAUGGCAGCUCAAAAAAAAAAAAACAACCCCGUGAUUGCAGGUAGUCCUCAACCUACGACCACAAUAGAGCCCAAAAUUUAUGUUGUUAAGUGAGAAAUUUGUUAAGUGAGAUUUGCCCCAUUUUACGA